AUGGCGGUUGGUGUGUUGGUGCUUCUCUACAUGGCGAUGACCAUUUUCAUGGUCCAAGUUUGUUCAAAGAAGAAGAAAGUAAAAGAAACGGCGAAAGUACGUGGAGACGUUCCAUUGUCUGGGUUCGGGACAACUACCACGACAGAUGUACACGCUGCUGAUGGCGCUGCCGUUCCGAGUUCCCUGAUGAAAAAACCAGAUGAGGUGAAGCCAGAAAACGGGAAAUCGAAAGAAGACGAGGCGAAGGAGGGUGAAAAGAAGGAAGAUGAGAAGAAGGAGGAUGAGAAGAAGAAGGAUUCUAAUGAGAAGGAAGAUGGAAAGAAGGAAGAAGAAGGGGAUGGAGGAAAGAAGAAGAAGAAGGAUUCAGAUGAGAAGGAUAAGAAAGAGGAAGAGGGGAAGAAGGAUGAUGAGAAGAAGAAAGAAGAGAGUAAGAAGAAGGUUGAGAAGUCGGGGAAGUCAGUGAAGCCGGAGGAGAAGAAAGAGGAGAAUGUGGAGAAGAAAGAAGAAGAAAAAGAGAAGAAGGAGGAAUCAAAGAAGGAGAAAAAGCCGGAAAAGGUGGAGGAGAAGGGAGCGAAUGUCCCAAAAACAAUUCCGCUGACGAAGAAAGAAGAAGCAAUUGCUGCAGGUCUGAAGGUCGAUAAGAAGGCUUAUCAGACAAUGAAUGAUGUCGAAAGCGAUUGGGAUUCCAUUAAGAAGAAGAAGACAAAGGGAACAAAAGAAGAAGAGCCGGACAAGAAGGAUGAGAAAAAAGAAGAGAAGAAGGAAGGAGAAGGAGAGAAGAAGGAGGAAAAGAAGGACGAGUAA